AUGAAGGCAACAGGCACCUCGGUGCUCCUCAGCCUGCUGCUGCUGCUGUCGUUCUUCUCGGGUGUAGCAGCUCAAGACAUUGAAGAGAUCUGCAAAGAGUUCUUAAACAGGAGUGUGUUCUGCACAAGGGAGUCCAACCCUCAUUGUGGCACCGAUGGCGUGACGUACGGCAACAAGUGUGCCUUCUGCAAGGCUGUGCUGAGGAGUGGAGGGAAGAUACGAUUGAAGCACAUGGGGAAGUGCUGA